AUGUAUGUGAAAUGGUUUGAUACAGUAAUGUUAUACUAUGUGAUUUUAGUGAAUUUAGUGAAUGUCACUUUUUGUCAUUUUCAAAUUUCCCGCCAGUUCUGUCCCCGUACAUCCCGACGUUGCAGGGAACGGAACCCAGAAAACAGAUGGCGGCAUCUGCCGGAGGACAUUACAAGGGACACUGCAGGAGGGACAUCGUGGGAAUGCAGGACAAGGUAAGAGAAGAACAGAUCCCGGAGCAGCGCCGCAUGGUAUUCCCGAGUGUAGCUCGGGGUUACCGCUUGUGCUACACUCGGGAAUACCGCCAGGGAGGUUACUG